GCCCCCGCCUCCCCGAAACCAAAACACAACAAGCUCCGGAGGAGCCUCGAGCGGCGCGGCGGGGCGGGCGGACUCGCGGCGGCUCUGAGCCUCGGGAGGCUGAUGCAACUUUCCGUUUAAGAAAGCCACCUGGGCGCACCGCGGUGCGGACCCAGCGCGCCCGGCCGGGGGCUGCAGCAUGAUCUUGAGAUCUGUGGUCUGAAAGGUGCUGGAAGCGGAGCCUGUGAGUGCGGUCCAGGACUCCGGAGUCCCCCAGCCUGCUGCUGCCAUGGUAGGAAAAGGUGCCAAAGGGAUGCUGAAUGGUGCUGUGCCCAGCGAGGCCACCAAGAGGGACCAGAACCUCAAACGGGGCAACUGGGGCAACCAGAUCGAGUUUGUACUGACGAGCGUGGGCUAUGCCGUGGGCCUGGGCAAUGUUUGGCGCUUCCCAUACCUCUGCUAUCGCAACGGGGGAGGCGCCUUCAUGUUUCCCUACUUCAUCAUGCUGAUAUUCUGUGGGAUCCCUCUCUUCUUCAUGGAGCUCUCCUUUGGCCAGUUUGCAAGUCAAGGCUGCCUGGGGGUCUGGAGGAUCAGCCCCAUGUUCAAAGGUGUGGGCUACGGCAUGAUGGUGGUGUCCACGUACAUCGGCAUCUACUACAACGUGGUCAUCUGCAUCGCCUUCUACUACUUCUUCUCGUCCAUGACGCACGUGCUGCCCUGGGCCUACUGCAAUAACCCCUGGAACACGCCCGACUGCGCUGGGGUGCUGGAUGCCUCCAACCUCACCAACGGCUCCCGGCCUGCUGCCCUGCCCAGCAACCUUUCCCACCUGCUCAACCACUCCCUCCAGAGGACCAGCCCCAGCGAGGAGUACUGGAGGCUCUACGUGCUCAAGCUCUCAGAUGACAUCGGGAACUUUGGGGAGGUGCGACUGCCCCUCCUCGGCUGCCUCGGUGUCUCUUGGGUGGUAGUCUUCCUCUGCCUCAUCCGGGGGGUCAAGUCUUCAGGGAAAGUGGUGUACUUCACGGCCACCUUCCCCUACGUGGUGCUGACCAUCCUGUUCGUCCGAGGUGUGACCCUGGAUGGAGCCUUCACAGGCAUCAUGUACUACCUGACCCCGCAGUGGGACAAGAUCCUGGAGGCCAAGGUGUGGGGCGAUGCUGCCUCCCAGAUAUUUUACUCGCUGGGCUGCGCGUGGGGGGGCCUCAUCACCAUGGCUUCCUACAACAAGUUCCACAACAACUGCUACCGGGACAGCAUUAUCAUCAGCAUCACUAACUGUGCCACCAGCGUCUAUGCGGGCUUUGUCAUCUUCUCCAUCCUGGGCUUCAUGGCCAACCACCUGGGCGUGGACGUGUCUCGCGUGGCUGACCACGGCCCGGGCCUGGCCUUCGUGGCUUAUCCCGAGGCCCUCACGCUGCUGCCCAUCUCCCCACUCUGGUCCCUGCUCUUCUUCUUCAUGCUCAUCUUGCUGGGGCUGGGCACUCAGUUCUGUCUCCUGGAGACACUGGUCACGGCCAUUGUGGACGAAGUGGGAAAUGAGUGGAUCCUGCAGAAAAAGACCUACGUGACCCUGGGUGUGGCUGUGGCUGGCUUCCUGCUGGGUGUCCCCCUCACCAGCCAGGCAGGCAUCUACUGGCUGCUCUUGAUGGAUAACUACGCAGCCAGCUUCUCCCUGGUCAUCAUCUCCUGCAUCAUGUGCGUGUCCAUCAUGUACAUCUACGGGCACCGCAACUACUUCCAGGACAUCCAGAUGAUGCUGGGGUUCCCGCCGCCCCUCUUCUUCCAGAUUUGCUGGCGCUUUGUCUCUCCAGCCAUCAUCUUUUUCAUUCUUAUCUUCACGGUGAUCCAGUACCAGCCAAUCACCUACAACCACUACCAGUACCCGGGCUGGGCUGUGGCCAUCGGCUUCCUUAUGGCUCUGUCGUCUGUCAUUUGCAUCCCUCUCUAUGCCCUGUUCCAGCUCUGCUGCACAGAUGGGGACACCCUCCUCCAGCGUUUGAAAAAUGCCACAAAGCCAAGCAGAGACUGGGGCCCUGCCCUCCUGGAGCACCAGACUGGGCGCUAUGCCCCCACCAUACUGCCGUCUCCCGAAGAUGGUCUUGAGGUCCAGCCGCUGCACCCGGACAAGGCCCAGCUCCCCAUGGUGGGCAGCAAUGGGAGCCGUCUGCAGGACUCCCGGAUUUGAGCACAGCUGGCCCUGGGAGUGCCCGCCCCGCCGGUGCUCCCACCACAGAGACUGGGGAGGCAGGUGACGGGUGUCGCCACCUGCCCCUGCCACGCCCUGGCUAGGGUGGCUGCUGUCCCCUUGGUUGCCACUGGUAGCGUGGUCAUUUGUGCUCGUGUCCCCAGUGUUUACAGGUCCUUUGGAUGCCAAGAUGGCAGCUGGGGAUGG